UGUCUUUAGAUCUUAGUUUGUUAGCUAGACAAAGCAAAAUAUCAAUGAUGCUUGAUGGGUUUUUCUUUAUUUCUUUAUUUUUUAUGUUUCAAUGCCUGUUGUCUCUUGUUAUCUUUCCUGCUAUUGUUUUCUGUCCUGUUUCCAGGAUGUGAUUUAUGGGUUGAGUGAGAAUUUUCUCCUGAUUUCCUUAUUUUCUGGCAAUUUGAUACAGCAAAGAAGGAAGAAAAUUAAAUAAAUGAUCUUAUACAGUUUCUAUCAGCGACGUCAAUUUCUUGUUAGAAGAAAAGCUAUGUUUGUCCCAGCGAAAGCAGUUUUUUUUUUCUCAUUAUUUACAAAUUUUUCCCUGUAAGUGAUGUGGGUUCUUCGAUCUUGAUUUUGCUUAACGUUAAUGAUGAAUACAAAAAGUAUCUCUCUUAUUUUUUUCAGUUAUGUUAAUAUUUUAUCUUUUUGUUGAAAGUCAUGUUUGGUUUCUCUAGUUAAUAGUAAGACUUUAUGCAGAAAUGUGGGUUGGAAGAGUCGUUUUCUUAAUUAUGAUGAUGCUAUAGUUAAAGAGUCUAAGCAGAGGAGUAAAAACGAAGUAAAAGAAAAAAAGAAGUGAAAGGAUGCCAACAUAAUCAUAUUUGUUGUUUUCUUCCAUCUAUCCCAUUCUUUUUUCGCUUUACUUUUUUAGUCAUUUUCUUCUGUUGGAGGUUUGGUUGGUGGGAGUAGUGGAGGUGGUUUCUAUGGAGUUUCUUUGAAGGGAUUAUUGUGUUUGGUUGUUUAUUUCUUGGCUUUGCUUGCUCACACUUGAAUAUGGACUAAAGGUUGGGUAUCCUUGAAGAACAAUUUUAUUUGUCUGUAUUCAGAUUUAUGUGUAUGAGAGUUCUUUCUGAGCAAAGGUUUUCUUCUGAACUGUUAUAGGUGCAUUGGGUCUGGUGGGCCUUUGAAGAAGUUCCUUUGUUUGCCAUAUUCUUCCUCCACUGUACUGUAGAGUUACUUAAUAUGCAGACACCAAAAGGAAGGACUAGUUCUUCAGAACUGCCUCAGAAAACAUCUCCAGCCACUCCUCGGACAGCUCAGAAGCUCAAAACUCCUGGAUCAGAGGCAGACUCAGUUUCAACUUCAAACUCAGCCGGGAGGAUGUCAAAAGAAAGAAGUCCUAAAGUUGUUGAUCGCAGGUCUCCUCGAAGUCCAGCAACUGAGAAGAAACGGACAACUAGAGUUAGUGAUUUGGAAACUCAGCUUGCCCAGCUCCAAGAGGAACUGAAGAAGGCAAAAGACCAAUUAAGCUCAUCUGAAUCAAGGAAGAAAAGGGCCCAGCAGGAGGCUGAGGAGGCUAAAAAGCAACUUGAAGCCAUGUCAGAGAAGCUUGAAGAGUCUGAGAAGCAGUUGCAGGAGCUAUCGGAUUGUGAGGAAGCUCGGGUGCAAGAGUUGCGCAAGAUCUCACAGGAUAGAGAUCGGGCAUGGCAGUCGGAACUUGAGGCUAUCCAAAAGCAACACUCUAUGGAUUCUGCUGCUCUAGCUUCUGCCAUGAAUGAAAUUCAGAAGCUUAAAAUGCAACUUGAAAGGGUAGCUGAAUCUGAAGCAGCUCAAGCUAGGCAUGCUGAAUCAGCUCAUGCUGAUGUUCAGAACUUAAGAAUGGAACUUACAGAAACUCUUGCGCUGGUAGAUGAAAUAAAGGCUCAGUUAAAUGACAGCAAAGAAUCUGAAGUUCGGGCAAUGGAAGAAGUAAGUAAAGCUCAAAUGCAGCUGGAGGAAGCAAAGGCCACGGAGGACACGCUUCGCUCAGAAGGUCUCAGAGCUGAGGAGGCUUACAAGUCCUUGGCCUUGAAGUUAGAACAAUCAAAGAUGCAAGUCAAUUCUUUGGAGGAACUUGUUAGUAGACUGCAGGCUGAUGUUAACAAAAGGAGCAAUGACUCAUCAGCUUCUUCAGGUGAUGUUGAAAUUGCAAGGGAAAAAGAAGGAGCUGAGAAGUCAGAACAGCUUAAAGUUGAGCUCAAUAGUAUAAAACUUGAGGUAGGUCAUUUGAGAGCUGCAUUAGAGGCAUCUGAAAGAAGAUAUCAAGAGGAAUACAUUCAAAGUACCUUGCAGAUUAGAAGUGCAUAUGAACUGGUUGAGAAGACAAAGUCUGAAUCAUGUCAGAGAGAGGCUGAAUUGGAGGCUAGGUUGAAGGUUGCAAGAGCUGAUGUUGAAGAGUUAAAGAAAAGACUAAUGGAUAAAGAAACUGAAUUAAAGAACACUGCAGAGAAGAAUAAAGGGCUAAAUGGAAACGUAGAGAGAGACCAGUGUAUUCAACAAGAACUUGGAACUGAACUGAAGAAAUCUGAAUCAAUCGUGGAAGCCCUGAAAGCAAGUCUGAUGGAUAAGGAGACAGAGUUACAGAGUGUUGCUGAGGAGAAUGAAAUGCUGAAGUUGGAAAUUAAAAACAGAGAGCUAGAAAGAAGUAAAUUGAAUGAUGAAGCUCUUGCUUUAGUGGAAGCUGCCAGGGCCACAGAGCAAGAGGCCCUAUCGAAGCUCAGUUAUCUGACAGAUGAAGCAGAUCAAAGUAGUAGAAAGACAGCAAGGGUUACCGAGCAGCUGGAUGCUGCACAGGCUGCAAACUCCGAAAUGGAAGCUGAAUUGAGGAGAUUAAAGGUGCAGGCAGACCAGUGGAGGAAAGCUGCUGAGGCUGCUGCCACAAUGCUUUCAACAGGUAAUAAUGGUAAAUUUGUGGAGAGGACAGGUUCUUUGGACUAUCACACUCUUGGAGGAAAGUUGAACUCACCUUAUUCAGAAGACUUGGAUGAUGACUCACCCAAGAAGAAGAACAGCAAUAUGUUGAAGAAGAUAGGUGUCCUGUUGAAAAAGGGUCAGAAAUAGCUUCAAGCUUUUCCAGACAUGUCAGCCAGUAUCUACAGAACCUCGUGUUGCAACUGCUGAUGUUCCUGAACUUCAUUGGAGUUGCAAUAGCUCAUAAGCAGACAUUGUAUAGUAUGUAAAAGUUGACCAUCACCAGAAGCAACAAUAUUGCUAAGUUGCCUGUACGGCCAUUUACUGUUGGAUGCAAGAAGAUUUGUAAUAUCAUUUACCAAGCUAUUUUGUUCAAGGCAGGCAAUCUGCUGAUUUAUUUUCAUCUUUUGGGUGAUGCUAGAGUUUGCCUGAUCUAUUGACUCGAGCAAUUUGGUACAUUUUCCAGAAAUUUCAGAUUUUACUCAGCAAAUGUUUAAUUUGCAUCCUUAAAGGUAUCUUACUGCCUAGUUCUUUGUACUUGAACCUUUAUUGAAAUUCUACAUGGCAUUACA